CAGUGGCAUAGGAUUCCGCACGCAGCUGAAUGUCUCUUCUUUAUGUAGGUAGGAGUUGUUGGUGUUGUCACUUGUUAACGCUCGAAACCCGAACCAUUCAUCACUUGUUAACUCUUUCUGUCUGUAGUGUAGUGUAAGCGUGUAAGUAAGUGUAACCUCUCACUCACCCUCUCUUCAACUUCUCGAGUCUUCUUCUCCGCCCUUUAUUUUCCGUAUCACCAUCUCGAUUCUCUUCUUCACUAAUGGCCGAUACUGAUUCAAACCCUACACCUACCCCUGCUCCUGUUCCUGUUACACCGCCGCAGGAGCAUGAUUUAUCCACUGUAGCUGCUGAACUGGAAUCCCCCAACACUGAGAACAAAGACGAGCCUCCUCCUCCUCCUCCAGAGUCAGAGGAGAAAGAUUUAAAAGCUGAGACUUCAGAGGAUGUGGUUGUUGUUGUUGAAGUUGAAGAUAAAGAUAAAGAUAAAGUUGAAGAUGAUGAAAAGCAGCAUAAGAUUCCGCAGAAUUUGGUGUCAUUCAAGGAGGAGAGCAAUAGGGUUUGUGAUCUGUCGGAUUCUGAGAGAAGUGCUGUUGAAGAGCUGAAGAAGCUUCUGACAGAGGAAGUAAAGGACGGCGAGUUUUCCAUUUGGGGUGUUCCUCUUCUCAAGGAUGAAAGGACUGAUGUCAUUCUGCUCAAGUUCCUCAGAGCCCGAGAUUUCAAAGUGAAGGAUGCAUUUGUUAUGAUUCAGAAUACACUCCGAUGGAGGAAAGAGUUCAACAUCGAUUCCCUUUUGGAUGAAGAUCUGGGUGAUGAUCUGGACAAGGUUGUCUUCAUGCACGGAAAUGACAGAGAAGGUCAUCCCGUCUGCUACAAUGUCUAUGGAGAGUUUCAGAACAAGGACCUUUAUGACAAGACUUUCUCAAAUGAGGAAAGAAGAACCAAGUUUCUCCGAUGGCGGAUUCAGUUCUUGGAGAGGAGUAUCAGGAACCUUGACUUUACUCCUGGCGGUAUCAACACCAUUUUCCAAGUCAAUGACCUUAAGAAUUCUCCUGGGCCUGCUAAACGGGAACUUCGCCUUGCCACAAAACAAGCUUUGCAAUUGCUUCAGGACAAUUAUCCCGAGUUUGUUGCCAAACAGGUUUUUAUCAAUGUCCCUUGGUGGUAUCUUGCAUUCUAUACCAUGAUCAAUCCCUUCUUGACACAGAGGACCAAAAGCAAAUUUGUGUUUGCAGGGCCAUCUAAGUCUCCCGAUACACUUUUCAAGUAUAUCUCUCCUGAGCAAGUGCCGGUUCAGUAUGGAGGCCUGAGUGUAGACUUUUGUGACUGCAACCCAGAUUUCAGUAUGUCUGAUCCUAUCACGGAAAUUCCUUUAAAGCCAACCACAAAGCAAACUGUGGAAAUAGCUAUUUAUGAGAAAUGCAUUAUUGUUUGGGAGCUGCGGGUGGUGGGCUGGGAGGUUAGCUAUAAUGCUGAAUUCAAGCCUGAUGCUAAAGAUGCAUAUGCAGUUAUUAUACAGAAGGCCACAAAGAUGUCCCCGACUGAUGAACCUGUGAUUUCCAAUAGCUAUAAAGUUGGUGAACUGGGCAAAUUAUUGCUCACCGUCGACAAUCCCACCCUGAAAAGGAAGAGGCUUCUUUACAGGUUCAAGAUCAAACCCUACAGUGAUUGACAGAAAAUCAUUCUGAAGUGAUUUUGGUUACAUGAAGGGAAUUGAACUUGAAGAGUAAGAAAUAUGCAUGUCGUCACUUGUUCAGCCCAUUAUUCAAUUGUAGUUUUGGUUGUGAGUUGUUUGCAGAUUGGGUUCUCUGUCUUAUUGUGUUUAAAUACUUUAUUGCUAGACAAACAAUUUAGCUAGUCUAAAUUGUUCUUUUAUUUUCUGGUGAUGAGCAAUGUCAGGGAAGAGAGUAGCACAUGGUAUUGGUUUAUGAGGUUAUAUAUAUUACCAGAAUUAUGUGUCACUUUCAUGAGCAAAUCAACAUAUAGAAAGCCUGGCUGAGAGUAGUUUCAAUGUAAAAUUUUGUUCUCGUACUUAUCCAGUGUGGAGUUUGGUGCAAUUAUAAGCAUUUUCAUAGAUAUGUAAUAUAAAGGGAGUAAGUAAAUGGGAAAUAUG